AGCAUUUUCCAGACCGUUUCAAAAAGGCUCCUCAAAAUCGACCUCCAAAAGCUCAUGGCUGCUAUGGAAGGGAAAUCUGCCUCAGACGUUGCCGCGGAAAUUCACGAAGAAUUGGAGGCGCUGCAAAACGCCAGACUCGAUAUUGCCAUCACUGGGAGGUCAGGCGCUGGUAAAUCCUCCCUUGUCAAUGCUCUGCGGGGUAUGGCCGAUAAUGAAAAGGAUUCUGCUGAGACUGGGGUGACAGAAACAACGAGGGAGGUGAAGGAAUAUCCACACCCCACCAUGCCCAAAGUGACAAUAUGGGAUCUGCCAGGAAUUGGAACGCCAGAGUUUACAGCCGAGAACUACUUAAAGCAAGUUAAUUUUAGCAGGUACGAUUUUUUCCUCAUCGUUGCAGCAGGACGUUUCACAGAACAUGACACCCAGCUGGCCCGGGAAAUUCAGAAAAUGAAGAAGAAGUUUUACUAUGUCCGCACAAAAAUCGAUCUCAAUAUUACGUGUGAAAAAAGGAAGGAGAAUUUCAAUGAGUUCGAAAUCUUGGAGAAAGUAAGGAACAAUUGCUGUGAGAAUUUGGCAAAGACAGGAGAAACGUCUCCGAGAGUUUUCCUAAUGUCCCGAUGGGAUUUGGGCUUGUAUGAUUUCCCUCUUCUGCUUCAGAGCUUGGAAGAUGAUCUGGAUGAUCUCAAAAGACAUGCUUUAAUUCUAGCGACUCCCAUUUUCUCAAAGGAAAUUAUGGAAAAGAAAAAGGCUGCACUUGACGCCUUGAUAUGGAAGCUAGCGGUUGUGUCCCUUUUCUUCGGAGCUGUCCCUGUGCCCGGCCUCUCUUUCGCUUGUGAUCUUGCCAUCUUGGUGGGAGCAUUGAUCCAUUUUUGCAAAGUCUUUGGAUUAGAUGAAGAUUCCCUCCGUAGACUGGCAGCGCAGGUGGGCAAACCGGUCGAAGAGCUAAAGUCUGCUAUCAAAAACACCCCCGUAGUCGCAGAGAUCAACACAAAACUUGUCAUUGGCCUCUUAAGCAAGUCAGCAGUGUGUGCAACACUGACAGUGAUAGAGCUGGUGUGUGAUUUUGUACCCGUACUGGGGUCUAUAGUUGGUGGAAUCUCCUCUUUCUUUACCACGCUCUUUAUGUUGAGAAGCUUUCUGCAAGACGUUCUGAUCGAUGCAACAAAUGUUUGGGCAGUAGCAAGGAGUUCAGUUGGACCAUCAGAAACUGCUGCAAUGGGUAGUGCAAUCUCAAUACCAGCUGUAUUCGAUGAACUCAGAGAACUAAAAGUUUCUUUGGAUGGAAAGACUCUUUCUGAUGUGGCAGCUGAAAUUCAGAGAGAGAUGGAUUUAUUAGAGAACACUGUCCUUGAUAUUGCCAUCACGGGGGAAACAGGUGUUGGGAAAUCAUCCCUUAUCAAUGCUCUGAGGGGUGUAGAUGAUGGCGAAAAGGAUGCAGCUGAAACUGGAGUAACACAGAGAACCAUGAAUCCAGAAAGAUAUUCAUACCCCGGAUUCUCCAAAAUAUCUAUUUGGGAUCUACCAGGAAUUGCAACAACCGACUUCCGUCCAGAAGACUAUCUGGAGAAGGUCAACUUCAGCCAGUAUGAUUUCUUCAUUGUUGUGAUUGCCGAGCGCUUCACUCUCAGCUAUAACAAGCUGAUCCAUGAAAUCCUGAAAAUGAAGAAGAAAUGUUAUUACAUACGCUCCAAAGUGGAUUGCAGUUUACUUGCGGAACAGAGGAAGCCAAAUUUUAACGAGGAGAAAACCCUUCAGGAGAUAAGAAAUUAUUGCUGUUCUCAGUUAGAAGCAGCAGGAGAGCCUCUCGGAAGAGUUUUUCUAAUAUCCAGUUGGCAUUCGGACCAGUAUGAUUUCCCAUCAUUGAUGGAGACCCUAGAAAAUGAACUGAGCCAUCUCAAGAGGCAUGCUUUAAUUCUGGCUAUGCCAGCUUUCUCGAGAGAAAACCUGAGAAAGAAAAGAGCUGCUAUUGAGGGACUUAUAUGGAAAAUCUCUCUGGUGUCUUGUUGUGUCGGGGCCACACCUGUCCCUGGACUCUCUUUCGCUUGCAAUGUAGCGAUGCUGAUGAAAGUAAUGAGAGAUUUCUGCUUAGCGUUUGGCUUGGAUGAAGAUUCCCUGCGUUCACUUGCCAAGCGGGUUGAUAAAUCUGUUGAUAUAUUCAAGUCUGGUAUUGAAAAAUCUCCACUGGACGAUGACAUCACAACGACGUACGUCAUCGGCUGCUUCUCCAAGUCCUUGGUGUGUCGAACGCUGACGUUGUUAGAACUGGCUCUGGAUAUUGUACCAGUGGUGAGUUCUCUAACUGGGGGAGGACUUUCUUUCGUAACCACCUUCUAUCUGCUGAAGAGCUUUUUGAAAGACCUUGAGGAAGACGCCGAGAACGUUUAUGCGAAAGCUGCUGAACCUUCAGAUUCGGAAAGGGAGAUGCAAUAUUUAGCAUGACGAAACACAGCCUGGAUGAGAAACUCUUUCAAGCCGGGAGGAGGAAGUAUUUUCUUUAAUAUCAUAAUCCACCAUGGAUUGGUUAGGAGAAUGGCAACAUAUAAAUGUUUUAAAUAAAAUAAUUAACAAAAAAUGAAUAA